CUCAAAUACCGACCCUUUUUUGUUACUGCACAUUGUAUGUGCACCUGGUCAAGUUUAUGUAUAUGAAUCGAUUUCCAGGUCUACUUUAUGUUGGGUCCAUGCAUUACUCGGCUGCGUGCCUCAGAUAACACAUGCAUUUCACAACUACCCUGAACGCAUGCGCUUUGACAACUGCACACACAGCCUGACAUGCCGUAUAUUUCCACACUCAUCCACUUUGGCCCUAGUUGUCGCCAUUAAAAUUGUGUAAACCUGGUAUGUACAUGUUGAAACUUGUCUAGAAGAUAUUGAAUAACGAUCUAGUCACAUUUCAUCCAAGCAGUCUUCUGACAACCUGCAAGAGGGAAGGGCGGUUUAGAUUAAGUUCAGGACGGUAUAUCAAUAGGGAUAAAAAUCAAAGCAACGAAGCAGUGGCAGUGAAAAUGGCGACUGGAGGGAACGUUGCCUCUGAAGGUGACAGUGGGGCCACUUCGACAGCAUACAAGGUUGUCAACGACCCAAUUCAUGGACACAUUGAGCUUCAUCCACUGUGCGUGAAGGUGAUUGACACUCCAGAGUUCCAGCGAUUACGGGACAUCAAACAACUUGGAGGAUGUUACUUUGUGUACCCAGGAGCAGCACACAACAGAUUUGAGCACAGCAUUGGAACAUGCUUCCUGGCGGGCGAGCUGGCCAGGGUGCUUAAGCAAAAGCAGCCAAAACUGGGUAUCAAUGCCGAAGAUAUUCUUUGUGUAGAAAUAGCUGGGCUGUGUCAUGAUCUAGGGCACGGGCCUUUCUCUCAUCUCUUUGAUCAGUCGUUCAUACCGAGAGUGCAUGAGAAGAGAGGGCUAAAGCGAAAAUGGAAACACGAGGAUGCCUCAAAGGAGAUGUUUGAUCAUCUUAUAAAAACCAAUGACUUGAUGGACGAGUUCAGAAAACAUCGCCUGCAGGAGAGGGACAUUUCGUUUAUUAAAGAGCUUAUUGAUGGGAAGUGUGGAAAGGCCCUGCGGGAGAGUGGAAGAGGAGAGAAGAAAUUUCUAUAUGAGAUUGUGGCUAACAAGCGCAAUGGCAUUGACGUGGAUAAGUGGGAUUACUUCGCUCGAGACUGUCACGGCCUGGGCAUUCGUAACAAUUUUGAUCAUGGACGACUGAUCAAGUUUGCAAGAGUCAUUGACGUGGGCGAAGAGCGGCAGAUAUGCUACAAAAAGAAGGAGGCAGCAAAUUUGUUCGAAAUGUUCCACACUCGCAUGCAUCUGCACCGGAGAGCUUAUCAACACCGCGUCAAUAAACUGAUAGAGGAAAUGAUAACAGAUGCAUUGGUUUUGGCCGAUGGCCACAUCGAAAUACCCGGAGAAAGUGGACCGGUGAAAAUGUCAGAAGCUGUAGACGACAUGGUAGCAUACAGCAAACUGACGGACUGUGUUCUCCAGCAAAUCCUGAUCAGUGAUCAUUCUGAGCUGGAACCAUCCCAAAAUAUUCUGAAAAGGAUCCAGAAAAGAUAUCUGUAUAAAUUUGUGGGAGAGUUUCGGCCUCAAGGUGAACAACUGAUCAAAAAAGUAAGCAAAACAGGAUGCCAGAGGCUGAGCUUUUAUCGUGAUGAACAAGAUAGUUACGCUGGAUGUAUGAACACCAAUAAAAGCGCAAAUGAGAGACAUGACUGGCGUGACUGGCAAACGUCACGGCUCAUCUACUCAUCUCGGUCUCUUUUUUCUCUCUUUCUUUGCUUUCAUUCCGACAAGGACGAAACAAUAACUGAAGUGAGGAACAUUUUGGCAAAACUGGAUAUCUCCACUCUAACAGUGGAAGACCUUUAUGUUCAAGUUACAAACUUGAAUUAUGGGAAAGGGAAUCAGAAUCCGAUUGGCGAUGUCCGCUUCUAUUCCAAGGAAAACCAUGACGAGGCUAUAGAGAUAUCGGAAGAAGAGGUGUCUAUGAUGCUCCCAAGGAAAUAUUCAGAGCAGAUUAUCAGGUUGUUCUGCAAGAAGGAUGAUACCGAUGUUCAGGACCUUGCUAAGAAGUGUUUCCAAAAAUGGUGCAAAGAGAGACAGCCAGAUCAGGGGGCGAGCACCUCUACAGAAUAGAAAGCACCGAUGGAGGAGAGAGGAUGGUGCUCGGUGUCAGAAGUGGUGGAAGAGGAAAAUGCCACUAUGGCUAAUUAUGAUUGGUGGUUUUGUUGUGUUUCCCCUACAUUUUGUUUAAACUCUGUCAUUUUUAUGCUGCCCUACAUUUUUGUAUUUGGAUUCUAUAUUCUUGAUAUAUCCCGCUGUUCACCAUAUUUUUGUUCUAGAAUGUUUUUUUCUGAUUUAUACCGUUGUCUUUUUUAUUCAGUAGGCGACAGUUGUAAAUCUUCUAUAUCUUAUAUCGUAUAUUUUUACUGCGCGUUGUGUUGUUGUUGGAAAUCGCGGCCGGUAUUUACACUAGAGAAGUGUCGGUUUAUUCACUGAAAAUAACAUGGGUUGUAAAUUUAAAAGCGGAUUUUUUUUUUCGAGGUGUUGGUAUUGGGAAGUUUUGCUGUACAAACAAUUCUUGUAUGUUUUCCUGUAGCUAUUAGGUACCAUCAGAUCUUAUGCCAAUCCAGACAUUAUCAACUAAAUAUUACAGAAAGUGAAAUAGUAUCAUUUUUUCUCGCGAAGAAACAUGUUCAUGUUUGAGGAAAAUGAAGUACCCGGGGGUAAACCACCGGCACUAGCAAAAGACACAAGAUGAUCAAAGUUGAAUUAAUUUUCAUCAUGUUGCAACGCACAUGUAACUAGGGUAAUUGUGUAUUCGUUCUCUGUUAAACUCAGGGUAGUCAUUAGUCUGGAAUAUCUUACCACAUGACCUUUUAAUAUCGUGUCUAUUCUAUACUGUAACUAAUUAAAUCAGAUAAAGUUACGUUGCAUUUUCAGAUAUAUGUCCACAGCAGAUGUCAUGUGUUUUCAAUGGCCCCGCAUAAAAUGUCAAUUUAAAUAAUUUUAGAGUUUUUAAGCCUUUUUCGUAAUAAAACUGUUUUAAAUAUUCUCGUGUGUAGUUGGUCAUUGUUAUAACAUUAGGAUGUGCCAAGACUCAGUAAUACUCAUCUGUAUACUGAUAGCUUUUCAGCCACCUCUAACAGAGUGGUAUAACCAAAUAGUCCCGCUAUCAAACAAACGAACUCUUUAAUUAAAAACCUUUAAAACCGUAAAUAAUGAUAAAUGUUACUACAAUAAAUUGGUUACAGGUUACACAGGACCAACCUUAGACUUAUAUAAUAUAACCUAAGUUAUAAUUUACAAAAUAGAUACAACAAACAUUGAACAACAUUGGUGAUCAUUUACAUAGGAUAUAAGAAUAUAAAUGUAUGGGUCUUAGCAUCUUUCAUUAAAUAAAUACAUAAAAGCCUCAUGCCCAUAAACCAACAAGACGUCAGUCUCGAUGGAAACGUCAAGCGCAUAAACAACGACAGUAGGUGUUAAAUUACAGCUCAUGAUGCAUCGACUACGGCUUCUUGACAAAGACUUUGUAACGUGGCACUAUGAUCACCAAAGUUUGCAUGAUUUCCUCCAACCAUCAAGCCGGUCGUUGAAAAAGGGAAAUUUUCAGUAGCCCUGCGCAUGUCUCCUGUCAAAUGCAUGUACAUUAC